AUAUUCUAUAAUACAUAAGAGAUCGAAUACUAUCGAGUUCCUCGAAGACGGUAGUGGCUCCAAAAAACGAAGAAACUUGCGUCGCCUUUUGUAUCUUUUCUUCCAGCCAUACUUGAGGACAAUAAUAGAUUUGGCUGGAACCUACUGGCUGAUUAAAUAAAUAGGAUUGUCUCUCUCUAUCUAUUUGGGGAUCAUGGAAAGUCAGCAGCAAUUUUGCCUACGUUGGCACAAUUUUCAAAACACACUUCUCAGCUCGUUACCAAAAUUGCUGGAUGGAGGAUAUUUAACAGACGUCACCCUAAGCGCAGGUGGAAGGCAUAUUCGAGCUCACAAAAUCAUUCUCUCAGCUUGCAGCUACUAUUUCAAGGAGCUGUUCAAGGAUUUCAGUAUUCAACAACAUCCGGUCAUAGUACUUCCAGGGACAGAGUAUGCAGAUCUAUGCGCAUUGGUAACAUUUAUGUAUAAUGGAGAAGUGAACAUCUACCAAGAACAGCUGCCAGCAAUCUUAGCUAUGGCAGACACCCUUCACAUUCGAGGAUUAGCUGAUAUUGCUGGGAAGGAAUCUAAACCCGAUAAUGGUGCUUACGUUCGGUCUCCAUUUUUGGAUCGAGAAAAAGAUUCGUUGGAGACAAUGCCGACAGCAAAUUUAAAUGAGAAUACAAUACAUCUGGCUAAAGCACAACCGGUAACUGCAGCGCUGUUACACAAUAAUCUUGAAGAGGAAUCGUCAAACGAACAGCAAGAUACGCCAUAUAGUCUCAAAAUAAAGCCUUACUAUUCCAUAAAUGAGAAAUUGAAUCAAAGAGAGAAAAAAUCUUUUGGUAGUAAUAUUCAAACUUCCGCUAAUAUUGAUAAAAAUGUUCGCAUUGAUGAAUCUUUAAACGAAUGUAUGCCUCUCGCCGAAGACAAUAAUUCUUUGCUCACCAAUUCAAAACCCGCUCCAGUUUUAGAAUCGGAUAAUCCGAAUUUUGGUUUUUUAACUGCAUCGAUAAUAAACAGAAGCGCUUCGCACGCGUGCAACAAAACCAGCGUUACGUGUCUAAUUUGCGGCAAGCAAUUGAGUAACCAAUAUAAUUUACGUGUUCACAUGGAAACACACAACAACAGUUCGUACAGCUGCACCGCUUGCCCGCAUGUGUCUCGUUCUCGCGAUGCCCUAAGGAAACACGUUUCGUACAGACACCCUGUUGCCUCUCCCCAAAAACGCCCAAGAUGCAGUUCAACUAAACCCUAGGGAACAAUUAGUUUUCAUAGACUAAACUUUGUCCCAAUAAUCCCUCGCCUACAGUUCCUCGAUGCCUCUAGUGUUCAAAUUGUUAUAGUUUUCUUGUUAUUGUUAAAAUAUUUUAAUAAAGACAACUUAGAAGUACAAUUAUUUAUUGCCCUGUAUAAAUGGAAUUGUAUCCAAUGUUAGGUUGAAAUUACUGAACCGUAUCAUUAUCAUUCGAAUAUUUUUCACUCAGU